CACACAUAGUCAGUGCAAAAGAAGCGUUCACUCCUUCUAGAGGAGCGCGCAGCUUAUUGAGGGAACCAGUGGUGGGAAAAAAGAAAAUCCAGUCAUCGUUUUGUAGCACUUUCAGAUGACUUCUUCUACCUCGUUAGAGAUAUUGACAGAUAAUUUUACGCCAGUUUAAGGAAUGUUUUAGGGACAAAUUGUCUCCAAGGGGCAAUUGGAGCGGGCAGUCUGAGCCUUUAUAAUGCGGAGAGAUCAAGUCUCAGUAGUUUGUCGGUAUGAACGCAGCGCAGACGGACCCUGAGAAACUGCUUUCAUGGAUUGACUGAUUGAUUGAUUGGCAUUUGAUUUUUUUUUUAUUUUUUCAGGAUCAGAUGAUUUUUCUAUGUCGUGGUUAGUCUAUUGUCCCGCUCCCAAAACAUCGUGGAUUAUUAUUGGGAGGGUUUUUUUGGAGGUGCGUCUUUACUGAGGAUAUUGAUUUUUCUUUGCAGUUAGCCUACGCCUGGGUCAAGGAUCCGGAGAGGGAAAUUAACCUUUCACAAGGUGGAAAUUUUACUCUUAUUGGACCCUAACUCAUCUCUCUUGCCGCUGAGUCCAAUAUGAAGUCUAUCACUGUGUGGAUGUCCGCUUACAUCUUUCUUCUGCUCUUAGAUGAGGCAGCGAGCUCCUGGGAUGGUCCCUCAGCUUUGUCCGUGUCCUUGGCCAGUGGUUCUCCAGGAUCUCCAGGUGCAGGGCCUGGGCCCGGAGCUCAGCCAGAGUGGGUGGACUGCAUCCAGGCGAGUGACAUGUGCAACCAGAACCCUUACUGCAGCUCUCGGUACCGGGUGAUGCGCCAGUGCCUUGUGGGCAAGGAGAAGGAAGCCAUGCUGGACAACAACAGGGAGUGCCAGGCUGCCUUGGAAGUGCUGCUGGUUAGUCCUCUGUAUGACUGCCGCUGCAAGAGGGGCAUGAAGAAGGAGCUGCAGUGUCUGCAGAACUACUGGACCAUCCACAUGGGACUCACUGAAGGUGGAGACAUGGAUGACUCAUCCCCGUAUGAACCUGUAGCACCAAACCGACACCCUGACGCGUUCCGCUUGGCCUCUAUCUCUUCAGGGAUGCUCACAGUGGCCCCAAAAGGUUUCCACUGUCUUGAUGCCGAGAGAAACUGCAACCCCUGUCUUGAUGCGGCCAAAGCCUGCAACCUCAACAGCAGCUGCAAGAGGCAACGCUCCGCCUACAUCGCUACCUGCAGCAAAGAGGACCCCAACAAGGGUGAAACCUGCAGCAAGAAGCGCUGCCACAAAGCGUUGAGAUUGUUCCUGGACCGUGUGCCCCCUGAGUUCAGCCACCAGCUGCUCUUCUGCCCCUGCCAGAGCGAGGGCUGUGCAGAACGACGCAGGCAGACAAUUGUGCCUGAUUGCUCCUAUAAAGAUAAGGAAAAACCCAACUGUCUGGAGCUACGGAGGGUCUGCCGCCAGGACUCUCUCUGCAGAUCUAGGCUGGCUGAUUACAUGGUGAACUGCUGGGUGACUCCACACACAGUGAGCACCUGUCCCAACCAAGACAAUCACCAAGCCUGCUUGGCCUCCUACGCAAGGCUCAUCGGGACAGACAUGACUCCCAACUAUGUUGACAGCAGCUUCUCCAACUGGACCAUCUCCCCGUGGUGCACCUGUAAGGGCAGUGGAAACCAAGAAGAGGAAUGUGUGAACUUCCUGCAGUACUUCUCUGAUAACACAUGCCUAAGAAAUGCCAUUCAGGCCUUCGGUUAUGGGAUAGACAAUAUGCAGAACAAAAAUGUGUCUGUCCCAGGGCCCUCAGCGACGACGAAGAUGUGGUCAGGCUGGUCAACAAGCACCUCAGAACCUCCCUUUGUCACCAUCCCAAAGUAUCCUGAACCAAGAGACGGGGGCCUGGGCAAAACCCGGGGCCUGCCAGAGGAUCACUCUGCCUGUCUGUGUGCCAACGUCUGGGCUCUGCUUCCCAGCCUGGCUUUGGCUCUGGUCCUGGCCCAGCAUGCCUUAUAGAAGCACCAGGAGGAGAAAAAGGAGGUCAUCCACCCACAAGCUGAUCCCAAAAGGAGAAGGUGUUAUUUCUGAGACUGAUAUUAAGAAGGCUGAAUCUCUGGGCAGUCGACAUAAAUGGCAUUUAUGAAAGAGGAAAAAAACAAAAAGAGGAAAGAGGCGGAAAAUAUUGAAAUAUUACAGUUGUGAAUUUGUUGUUCAUUUGAUGUAUUGUUAGGGCAGACUACAACUGUGAUGAAGCACAUGGCUCUAAAAAGGACCCUUGGUAGGAGAGGCCAUGAAGGCCAUUCUCCAGGAACGACUCUCCCUCUGACUGAGACACAAAAUCCUGGAGGACUGAAGCUGAUCAUGUCAAAGAAUUCUGCACUUUUCUCACCAAAGGAAGGAGAGAGGGAAUGAACAACAUAAUUAAAAGAAGACAGGAUUGACAGAAAAGAAAUUGUAGCAGAGAGAAAAGGAAUGAGCAAGAAGUAAAUUGGGUAGAGUGAGAGUGAAAAGAGAAAGAGAGAGAGAAAGAGACAUAUUUCUGCUAUCAGUCACACUUUUUUUGUCUUGAAUUGGUUCACGACUUAAUCUUCUCUUGGAUGAACAGACCGCAAAUUUAGGGGCGGGGAAGGGGGAUGAUUACAUUCUGUCUCUUCAACACAAGUGUAAACUCUAAGCUGUAAAGCCUACUCAGUGUUCUAAGUGUUGGUAUAGUAUCCGUGACCAUAAUCAAUCUACCGUACAGCUCUUUCAUUUGGGUGCUACAGUGAACUUUUUCAGCAAGUGGCGAAAAGAACUAAAGUCAGCGACGUUACCAGUUAAUGGUUCUUUGGUCAUUUGAGAUGUUGUUGUUGAUGACUGUGGGUGUGCACCAUACGUCGACCUGCACAUGUGUAUAUUUCUGUCUCUAUGUAUAUAAACAACACUUUUCUUUCAUUCAACUGAAUGAUAUCUACAGUACCUUGAAUGGACAUUACUGUAAGCAAAGAUGGCUCUGUGUUGAGUAUUGGUACAAAUGGAAGGCCUUCAUUAUGUGCGUUUAUAUUUGUCUAUAAAGGUUUGAUCAUUAAGAAUGUAUACAGGGAUGAGAUUAAACGAGCUCAAACAAA